UCCAUCACCUUCCCCCCUUUCUUCCCUCGUCUUGUUGUUCCCCUUUCCCCCUUUCCCUCUCCCCCUUUCCCCUUACCCCCUCCGGUUGCCUACGCCUCUGUCCCAAUCCCCUGCGUGCCUCUUGGGCCUACGACUUAGACCAGCAUGGACGGAGCAAUGUUCGGCGGCUAUGGUGCCGCCAAGGCCGACGAGGCCGGCAUGAAGCACCACGAGAUGAUGCCUCCUCGCGUCUCGGGCCUGCACCACGAGGACCGUAGGCCGACGCAGGAGAUCUCCCGCGCCGACGAAGGCCCCAUCAAGAGCGAAAAGGUGCCUGUCCCCGACGUGCAGGAGAAGCUGGCCCUCGAGAGCGAGGAGGACGGCCUCGACUACAACGUCACCGACGAGGACCGGGCGACGCUGCGCCGUGUGGCUGCACCCAUGCCCUGGACCGCCUUCCUGAUCGGCAUCUGCGAGCUCGCCGAGCGCUUCUCGUACUACGGCACCACCCAGGUGUUCCAGAACAUGAUCCAGAACCCGCUCCCCGCCGGCAGCACCACCGGCCGCACGUUCCACCCCGAUGACGUGGCGGGUGUGUACGGCAAGGGCCAGCAGGCAGCCACGGGCAUCACGACGUUCAACACCUUCUGGGUCUAUGUCAACCCGCUCAUCGGUGGCUACAUUGCCGAUACAUACCUCGGCCGAUUCAACACCAUCUGCCUCGGUGUCGGCAUCGCCAUCGUGGGCCACAUCCUCUUCAUCAUCUCGGCCGUGCCCUCGGUCAUCAAGGACCUCAACGGCGCCUUUGCCUGCUUCAUCAUCGGUGUCAUCAUCAAUGGCGUCGGCACGGGCUUCUUCAAGUCUACCGUCUCUGUCCUGAUUGCCGAGCAGAUCAAGGCCAAGCGCCAGUACAUCCAAGUCACCAAGAAGGGCGAGCGCGUCAUCGUCGACCCCACUGCCACGGCUGCCCGGCUGUACGACUUCUUUUACUUGCUCAUCAACAUUGGUGCGCUGGGUGGACAGAUUGCUAUGCCAUUUGCGGAAAAGUACGUCGGCUACUGGCUCGCCUACACGAUCCCCACCAUCGUCUUCCUCAUCUGCGUCCCCGUCCUCUACUUUGCGCGCAACAAGUACGUCAAGAACCCGCCUGCAGGCUCGGUGCUGAGCAACGCGCUCAAGCUCCUGGGCCUCGCCAUGAAGGGCCGCUACUCACUCAACCCGAUUGCCAUGGUUCACAACAUGCGCGCCCCCGACUUCUGGGAGAACGUCAAGCCGAGCAAGCUUGGUGCCAUGAAGCCAAACUGGAUGACGUUCGACGACCAGUGGGUCGAAGAAGUCCGUCGUGGAUUCAAGGCCUGCUACGUCUUCCUCCUCUUCCCCUUCUACUGGCUCGUCUACAACCAGAUCUCGGGCAACCUCGUCUCCCAGGGCGGCACCAUGAAGCUCGGCGGCGUCCCCAACGAGAUUCCCCAGAACCUGGACCCGCUCGGCAUCCUCAUCCUCGUCCCCUUCUUUGAAUUUGUCGUCUACCCCGGCUUCCGUCGCAUGGGCAUCAACUUCACUGCGCUCAAGAAGAUCUUCUGUGGUUUCAUUGUCGCUUCGAUGAGCAUGGUCUGGGCUGCCGUCCUCCAGCACUACAUCUACACGACGUCGCCCUGCGGAACCAAUGCCAGCAGCGACACCGGUUGCCAGUCGCCCAUCAGCGUCUGGGUCCAGGUCGGUCCCUAUGUGCUCAUUGGUCUGUCGGAGCUGUUCGCCUCGGUUAUCUCGCUCGAGUACGCGUACACCAAGGCACCCAAGAACAUGCGCUCCCUCGUCAUGGGUGUCGGCCUCUUCACCAACGCCAUUGGCUCGGCCAUCCAGCAGGCCUUCCUGCCCCUGGCCACGAACCCGCUGCUGGUGUGGAUGUACACGACGUUUGCCUGCAUCUCCUUUGCUGCCGGCAUCCUCUUUGGCUUCCUCUACCGGGGCAUCGACAAGGAGGAGGACUACCUCAACAACCUGGCCAGCGCAGACUACCACUCCAAGCGCUCGUCGCAGCACGAGGAGUGGGACAUGCACAACGCCGACCACGCCUCCAACGACGAGAAGCCCAACUAGGGGUUUUGGCAUCCGUUGUCCAUUGCGAAUAUCAUCUUUUCACGUUGUUACGCUUCUUU